GGCUUCAAUGAGCCCGACUUUACGGGCGAUGGUAGCAGCGGUCCCAUCUCGCCCCCGGAGGCCGCCAAAGCAUGGGAACAGUGGAUUGCCCCCCACAAGCGCGCCGGAUCCGUCCUCCUCUCACCUAGCUGCGCUCUCCAGCAAAACGAAAAGUGGAUGGGGCCAUUCCUCAAAGCUGUCACGACGCAACCCGACUACAUCAAUGUUCACAUUUUCAAGGACAAGGCUGAAAAGAUCAAAGAGACGCUCAACCACUUCCGAAGGUACGGCAAGAAGAUGUGGAUCACUGAGCUCGCCUGCACCAACUACGAAAAUGGCCAGCACAAACGUUGCAGCCAGGACGAGACCAACGAUUUUCUCAAUGGUGUUGUCGAGAUUCUUGAGAACGACCCCGACGUAUUUGCCUACUCUUGGUCAGACGCCGACAACGGUGAAUCGUGCAAGCUCACCCAGGGCGACGAUGGGGGAGCACUGACCAAGACUGGGCAGCUGCUCAAGGCCGCCUAUUCACGUUUCGGCCACAACAAACGCGACCUCCCCAACAACUGA